GAGUAUAAAUUUGUCUUCUUUUGAAAGGUAUAAAACAAUGAAAAGUAACCUAAUUUUGAGUACUCUAUCAUGAUGAUGAAUGUUUUCUUUGUUUACUCAAAGCAGCAGCUGAGAUUACAUUAUAAAACAAUAUGAAGAAAGGGCACUUGGAUUUAGUAGAACACUUAUUUGGUAGAAAGGACAGAAACUAUGUUCUGGUUUUGGAAAGGUUCUUGUUCUAUGUUUCUUAAAAGUGAAAUCAUCCUGCAAACAAUGUCUCAAAUUUAAAGUCAUUUUCGAGAAUCCUUUCCAAAUAAAACUUGGUAAUAGGUGCAUUUGAUUGGGGGCAGAUUUGGGAUUCCCCUUUUAUUAAGGUGAGUGGUGGGAAGUAAUUGCCAUUCUGUUUACUGAAAGUGUGUUCGAGACCAAUGAAGCAGCUGCAGAAGGCAGUGUGCUGGGAUUAACUAGGAGAUGGAUUCUGGGUAGUCCCUAGGACUAACGCAUGCCCUCUUAGAGUCAUGAAGAGCUGAGACUGGAAGGAAAAGGCUAGUUAUGAACUUGGCUUUUCCCAAGUAGUAGAAGUCACAUACAACUUAUGUCAAACAGUUGUAGGGCAGGUAAGGCUAUGACUUUUAAUGUAUGCUGGGUAUAAUUUUUAUUUCCUAUCUCCUGUUAUGGUUAUAAACCUAGGUCCUUAACUGAGCCAUGCCCAAAGCUCCUAAAUAUUUUAAAUUGUAAUUUCUUUGACUUACAGACUAACCUAGAAGGCUUGCUCCUUUCCUCCCUCUCUCCUUCCCUUCCUCCCUCUCUCUCUCCUUCCCUCCCUUCCCUUCCUUUCCUCUUUUCCUCCUUUCCUUCCCCCCUUCCUCCCUCUGUUCCUUCUUUCAUGUCUGUCUGUCUUUUGUGACAGGAUCUUACUGUGUUGCCCAGGCUGGCCUCAAAUUUGCAAUCCUCUCUGGUCAGCUUUCCAAGUGCUGGGAUUACAGUAUUCUUCCUUGUAAAUACUCUUAUUUGUAUAUACUGUAAAUGAUGACGUCUGUGGGCACUAACCGAGCCCGGGGAAACUGGGAACAACCUCAAAACCAAAACCAGACACAGCACAAGCAGCGGCCACAGGCUACUGCAGAGCAGAUUCGACUUGCACAGAUGAUUUCGGACCAUAAUGAUGCUGACUUUGAGGAGAAGGUGAAACAAUUGAUUGAUAUCACAGGCAAAAACCAGGAUGAAUGUGUGAUUGCUUUACAUGACUGCAAUGGAGAUGUCAACAGAGCCAUCAAUGUUCUCCUGGAAGGAAAUCCAGACACGCAUUCCUGGGAGAUGGUCGGAAAGAAGAAAGGAGUCUCAGGACAGAAAGAUGGUGGACAAACUGAAUCUAAUGAAGAAGGAAAAGAAAAUCGAGACCGAGACAGAGACUAUAGUCGGCGACGUGGUGGGCCACCAAGACGGGGGAGAGGUGCCAGCCGUGGACGAGAGUGUAUGCAUGGGGCUUUAUCAAAACCAGCUGUGGUUCGGGGCCAGGAAAAUGGAUUGGAUAGCACCAAGAGUGGAGGGCCUUCUGGAAGAGGCACAGACAGAGGCAGAAGAGGCCGUGGCCGAGGCAGAGGUAGCUCUGGUAGGCGAGGGGGAAGGUUUUCUGCUCAAGGAAUGGGAACCUUUAACCCAGCUGAUUAUGCAGAGCCAGCCAAUACUGAUGAUAACUAUGGCAAUAGUAGUGGCAACACAUGGAACAACACUGGCCACUUUGAACCAGAUGAUGGAACGAGACUUGAUUUCAUUGGGGUUGAGGGGUCAAAUUAUCCCCGAAAAUUUGAGACUGCUCCUGGUGCAUGGAGAACUGCAACAGAAGAAUGGGGAACUGAAGAUUGGAAUGAAGAUCUUUCUGAGACCAAGAUCUUUACUGCCUCUAAUGUGUCUUCAGUGCCUCUGCCUGCGGAGAAUGUGACAAUCACUGCUGGUCAGAGAAUUGACCUUGCUGUUCUUUUGGGGAAGACACCAUCUUCAAUGGAGAAUGAUUCGUCUAAUCUGGAUCCAUCUCAGGCUCCUUCCCUGGCCCAGCCUCUGGUGUUCAGUAAUUCGAAGCAGAAUGCCAUAUCACAGCCUGCUUCAGGGAAUACAUUUUCUCAUCAUAGUAUGGUGAGCAUGUUGGGGAAAGGAUUUGGUGAUGUCGGGGAAGCCAAAGGUGGCAGUACAACAGGCUCCCAGUUCUUAGAGCAAUUCAAAACUGCACAGGCCCUGGCUCAGCUGGCAGCUCAACAUUCUCAAUCUGGAAGCACCACCACCUCCUCUUGGGAUAUGGGCUCAACAACACAAUCGCCAUCACUGGUGCAGUAUGAUUUGAAGAAUGCAAAUGAUUCAACAGUGCACAGUCCUUUUACAAAGCGCCAGGCAUUCACUCCAUCUUCAACCAUGAUGGAGGUAUUCCUUCAGGAAAAGCCACCUGCAGUGGCUACCUCGACAGCUGCACCUCCCCCACCCUCUUCUCCUCUUCCAAGCAAAUCCACCUCGGUUCCACAGAUGUCUCCGGGGUCUUCAGACAACCAAUCCUCCAGCCCUCAGCCAGCUCAGCAGAAACUGAAACAGCAAAAGAAGAAAACCUCCUUGACAUCUAAGAUUCCUGUUCUGGCUGUGGAGAUGCCUGGCUCAGCAGAUAUCUCAGGGCUAAAUCUGCAGUUUGGGGCAUUGCAGUUUGGGUCAGAGCCUGUCCUUUCUGAUUAUGAGUCCACCCCCACCACGAGCGCCUCAUCAAGCCAGGCUCCUAGUAGCCUGUAUACCAGCACGGCCAGUGAGUCUUCAUCUACGGUUUCAUCUAACCAGAGUCAGGAGUCUGGCUAUCAGAGUGGCCCAAUUCAGUCAACAACUUAUACCUCCCAAAAUAAUGCUCAGGGCCCUCUAUAUGAACAGAGAUCCACACAGACGCGGCGGUAUCCCAGCUCCAUCUCUUCAUCACCCCAAAAGGACCUGACUCAGGCUAAGAAUGGUUUCAGUUCUGUGCAGGCCACGCAGUUGCAGACCACGCAAUCUGUUGAAGGUGCUACAGGCUCUGCUGUGAAAUCUGACUCACCUUCCACUUCUAGUAUACCCUCUCUCAAUGAAACAGUACCUGCAGCUUCCUUACUGACGACAGCCAAUCAGCAUUCAUCCUCCUUAAGUGGCUUGAGCCACAGUGAGGAGAUUCCAAAUACCACCACCACACAACACAGCAGUGCGUUAUCUACACAGCAGAAUACCCUUUCUUCAUCAACAUCUUCUGGGCGUACUUCGACAUCGACUCUUUUACACACAAGUGUGGAGAGUGAAGCGAAUCUCCAUUCUUCCUCCAGCACUUUCUCUACCACGGCCAGCACUGUCUCUGCACCUCCUCCAGUGGUCAGUGUCUCCUCCAGUCUGAAUAGUGGCAGUAGUCUAGGCCUUAGCCUGGGCAGCAACUCUACUGUCACAGCCUCAACUCGAAGCUCAGUUGCUACAACUUCAGGAAAAGCUCCGCCCAACCUUCCUCCUGGAGUUCCGCCAUUGUUGCCUAAUCCAUAUAUUAUGGCUCCAGGGCUGUUACAUGCCUACCCGCCACAAGUAUAUGGUUAUGAUGAUUUACAGAUGCUCCAGACAAGAUUUCCAUUGGAUUACUACAGUAUCCCGUUUCCCACACCCACCACUCCACUUACGGGGAGGGAUGGUAGCCUGGCCAGCAACCCUUAUUCUGGUGACCUCACCAAGUUUGGUCGCGGGGAUGCCUCCUCCCCAGCCCCAGCCACAACCUUGGCCCAACCCCAACAGAACCAGACGCAGACUCACCACACCACGCAGCAGACAUUCCUGAACCCGGCGCUGCCUCCUGGCUACAGUUACACCAGCCUGCCAUACUACACAGGGGUCCCGGGCCUCCCCAGCACCUUCCAGUAUGGGCCUGCUGUGUUCCCUGUGGCUCCUACCUCUUCCAAGCAGCAUGGUGUGAAUGUCAGUGUGAAUGCCUCGGCCACCCCUUUCCAACAGCCAAGUGGAUAUGGGUCUCAUGGAUACAACACUGGUGUAUCAGUCACCUCCAGCAACACGGGCGUGCCAGAUAUCUCGGGUUCUGUGUACUCCAAAACCCAGCAGUCCUUUGAGAAACAAGGGUUUCAUUCCGGUACUCCUGCUGCCUCCUUCAACUUGCCUUCAGCCCUAGGAAGUGGAGGACCCAUCAAUCCAGCCACGGCUGCUGCCUACCCACCUGCCCCCUUUAUGCAUAUUCUGACCCCCCAUCAGCAGCCACAUUCUCAGAUCCUUCAUCAUCACCUGCAGCAGGAUGGCCAGCUACCAUAUUUGCAGAUGAUUCUCUGUUGCCAGCGCCAGCAGGAGGAGCAGACGGGCAGCGGGCAACGUAGCCAGACCAGCUCCAUCCCGCAGAAGCCCCAGACCAACAAGUCUGCCUACAACAGCUACAGCUGGGGGGCCAACUGAGGCCCUGACCCUCUUCUCCCGGUCCCAUCUUCUGAGAGGGCUUCUCAGCCUGGAAACUAUGGAAACAGCAUCAAAGAGAAAAGAAUGUGGGGCCAUUCCGCUGCUCCACACCCCCAGCGGCCCACCCCACACCUCAGCUUCAUGUCUGUCCCAUUCCUAUACCACCCCACUCUGUUGUAUGUAUUAUAGGAUUUGUAUUUUCUCCCUCCCCUUCCUCCUUCCUCUUUGCAUUCAAGAUUAUGAAACUUUGCUGUGGGCCCUGCCUUUCCUUCACUUCUUCCUGUUCACCCUGGUGGUGUAUAGGUGAGGUGGGGAGGUGAAACCCCCCCCCCCAAAUAUAUAUCAGCCCAACAGCCCUAAGUCUCCUCCUUUAUUAUUAGGAAAACCAAACAACACACACAAAAAAAUGGCGUCAUAAAUAUGAACAGCAUUGUCAUAUGAA